GCUCUCCCCUCCAAGUCAUAGUCAUAUUCUAAGCAAAAGCACUCCCGCUUUCUUCUUCUUCUUCCUGUUGAAUUCCACUCACCUUUCAGGUUUAUCUUCUAUUUUAUUCAAAGAGGUUUUUGGGUUGAAGUGCGAGGCCGAUACUUCUCUGAUUUUGCUGCUGAUCUGCCCUGCUAAGUUCUCUUUUCGCACAAGAAGGCUGAUGCCUUAAUCCUAGUAUGGACUUGCAGCAGCUGUUCAGUUUUGGCGUGAGUGGGCCAGGCCUUCCAUACACGCCAUCAUAUUCCACUAUCCCUUCACUGCCUACAAAGUUUCUUGGAUCCUUGAAAUUUGACACAGGAAACUCACCUAAUUCACCCUUUUCUACUCAAUUUGAUUCUGAUUCUCUCUCUACAUUGAGCGACGGCCAGGAGCAGCACGGCUCUGGGGAGAUUCUUUCUGGUUUCAACCCUUCAUAUAACUCUUCUUUGGAAACUCAUUAUUGCUUAAACAGGUCAAUCUCGCCUGUGGACUGUCUUCAGGACAGUCUGCAUCCAUAUUUUGCCAGGAGUUCUGCGCAGGAUGCAAGUUCUAGCCAAAAGAUCAGGCACGCUUUGCUGGAGUUAGAGUCUGCUUUGAUGGCCCCUGAUGAAGGUGAUGUAGUUGCCACAUCAAAUACUUCUUUGAGCGGGAAUAGCAGGCCUACAAUUUCUGGCCAAAGAUAUGGGUGUUGGAGCCAGGAGCACCAAGGAUCGCAUUACGCUCAAAGCCAGCCAUCUUUUUACUCCGCCAUUGGGCAGUCAAAUGAAGUUGAACACGUAGAGAAGCGUCACAAACUUACGGAGGAAGCAUGUCUCCAGGGUUUCCCACCCAGCAAUUUAAAAGAAUUGUUAAUUGCUUGCGCAAAAGCCCUCUCUGAAAGCAACAUGGAAGUUUUUGAUGACUUGAUUGAGAAGGCUAGAAGUGUUGUGUCCAUCUGUGGCGAGCCAAUCCAGCGGCUUGGUGCCUAUAUGGUAGAAGGGCUUGUUGCUCGGAAGGAGGCAUCAGGAAAUAGCAUAUAUCAUGCCCUGAGGUGCCGCGAACCUGAAGGCAAAGACCUGCUCUCGUACAUGCACAUGCUGUAUGAGAUUUGCCCGUACUUCAAAUUUGGUUACAUGGCUGCCAACGGAGCCAUCGCUGAAGCUUGCAGAAAUGAGGACCGCAUUCACAUCAUAGAUUUCCAGAUUGCCCAGGGAGUUCAGUGGGAGACACUCCUUCAAGCUCUUGCUGCAAGGCCUGGUGGGGCACCCCACGUCCGGAUCACCGGAAUCGAUGAUCCCGUUUCUCGAUAUGCACGUGGUGACGGCCUAGAUGCAGUUGGGAAAAAAUUGACCGCAAUAUCGGAUAGAUUUGGUAUCCCAGUUGAGUUUCACGGGGUGCCUGUGUUUACUCCAGAAGUUACAAGGGACAUGCUUGAUGUAAGGCCAGGAGAGGCUUUGGCUGUGAACUUCCCCCUGCAUCUGCAUCACACAACUGAUGAGAGUGUUGAUGUGAACAACCCGAGGGACGAACUGCUGAGAAUGGUGAAGUCACUUGGUCCCAAGGUGGUCACAUUGGUGGAACAGGAAUCCAACACAAACACAACGCCAUUCUACAACAGGUUCUUAGAAACACUGGACUACUAUUUGGCCAUGUUCGAGUCAAUUGAUGUCACGCUGCCGAGAAAUAGCAAGGAGCGGAUUAACGUGGAGCAGCAUUGCUUGGCGAGGGACAUUGUGAACGUCAUUGCGUGUGAAGGGAAGGACAGGAUAGAGCGACACGAGCUGUUGGGAAAGUGGAAGUCAAGGCUGACAAUGGCGGGAUUCCGACAGUAUCCAUUGAGCUCUUACGUGAAUUCUGUGAUCAGAAGCCUACUUAGGUACUAUUCAGAGCAUUAUACGCUAGUGGAGAAGGAUGGGGCUAUGCUGUUGGGUUGGAAACACAGAAAUUUGAUAUCAGCCUCAGCCUGGCAUUGAUGGACUGAAGAAGUCGAUGGCAGUAGCAUUGGUUAAAUAUUUCGCUGACUGAAGUUUGUGCUGAAUACGAUGUAUGUUUGAUCACUGUAUUUAGGUUUCUGUUCCUUAGAUUUGUUCAUUGAGAGUAUAUUUGCUAGUAGCUCUGUGUACUGAUUCUUUUAUGAAAUUUUUAGCAACGUAGGCUGGUUUGGUCUCCAAGAUGAUGAUAAUAAAAACGUAUUUUUCUCUAUAAACACUAGUAGAAAGUUAACGAUGUUGUUUAAAA